UCUGUUGCUGCCCAUCCAAGAAAACCACCAUCUGCAUUCUGCCGGACAUACAAGAGGCAAAACCAUGAUCAAGCGCAAGCUGAGUUUUAAGUGGUUUGGUAGCCUCACCAACCUCCGGCGGAAAUCAGAUUCGCAGAAAGAUGCCGAAUCAGUCAAAGAAUUGUCCACCGAUGACAUGGGCAUGCAUCCACGCAGCCCGAGCUAUGCCACCUCCAGUGAAAUGUAUACGCACAUGGGCACCAUGCCGCGCCAUUCGAAGAAGGACAAAAACUCGAAGAAGAGCAAGUCUAAAGACAAAGCCAACCUCACUCGGAGUCAAAGCUUGAGACCAGACCAUGUGGUUGAAUCUCCUCUCCUCAGUAUGCUUUCUGGAAAGGGACUGGAAGUCCUGGAAAACCCCAUUAUUGAAGACAAGACGGCUCACAUCCAGAAUCGAGACCUUCCACCUCCACCAAGUAUGGAUGGACACUCAACAAUCCUGGAAGAUGAAAAUAAGAAGCUGGAAGUGAACUCCAAGCCUCAUGUUGAUGCAUCGAACGCAUGUCUGGGAGCUUCAUCAGAACUAUGCUUGAGCCAAGAGUCAACAGUCCAGCCAGUGUUGCCAAAGAAAAGACUUAAAGAAGGAGACACACUGAUGAAGGACACUGAGGAGCUCAAGGAGAACAGUAACUUGAUCCAGUUGCCUCAGAAGACUGGCAACCAGAUGGAGAAGAAGAUAGCAGUAGAAGAAGAUGCUAAUAUAGUAUGGAUCUAUAAACUUGACGGCCAGGAAGAGGAGGAGUUUAACAGUCAACUGGACAUCACAGAAAACCAGGGAGAAUAUGUGGAGUUCUCCAAGGAGAAGUACCUGCUGGAGUCGCCUCCAGAGAAACUCAGGAAGGAGCUGGAGGAGGAACUCAAACUCAGCAGCAAUGACAUGAGGAGCCAUGGCUGGUACCAUGGCCAUAUUCCACGAGAGGCCUCUGAAACCUUGGUCCUACGUAGCGGCGACUUCCUAGUACGGGACUCCUUGUCAACGGUGGGUGACUAUGUCCUGACCUGUCGCUGGCAGCAAGAAGUGAUUCACUGUCGGAUCAGUAAAGUCCUUGUCAAAAGUGGACAAACUAAAAUCCAGUACAUGCUGGAGAACGAGAGCUUCGACUCUGUCCCCACGCUGGUCAGGCACCACGCUGGCACGGGUCGAGCGGUGUGCCCGCGAACAGGAGCCCAGCUGCUGUGUCCAGUGAACCGAACGCUGCCGCUGAGGUACCUGGAGGCCACGUUUGCUUUAGCUGGAGGAAGACCAGGAUCUGCACAUUCACCAUCUGCCCCGAGGGGGGCGCAUAUCAAGAGACGCAGUGUCACUAUGACUGAUGGACUCACGACAGAGAAGAUCAUUCCUCACAGCCCUUCCACAGUGCACCAUAAGGAUGCCAUGAGAAACUGCGCCAUGAGUAUGGAUCAGAUCCAAGAGUACCGCUGUCCACUGUCCCCUGUGGGGGAAACACCUCAAUCUCCUGCCUACAGCGCCAUCUCCCGCCACAGACAUGGUUCAGGUGGGCGUGUCCUCGCAGUCAUCCCGCCUUCUCCAGUGAUGAGGCGCUCCAGCGAUCCCCACCUUUCACCAUCCUCCUCCAAUAACAACAUUCCUUGCUCAGAAACGGGCCCUAGCACCCACUCCACACCUGCUCAUGGGUACCAGUCUGAGAGUUCAGAGCAAGGCGGCAGCUACUGUGAGCUGAGACCCGGACAAGCCCCCAUUCCUCCCUGCAAGAGCUACGUAGAGAGGCUGAAGGUGGAGGAGGGACAAAGCCUGGGCUCUGGAGCUCCAGACGGGGUGGAGGGCUUCAUGCUCCCCCUGGUGGAGACUAGUUCAUCCUUCAAACCUGGGAAAUACCAGUCGACUCUUCUGCCACCCGAGAAUAAACCUCUGGAGAUGAGCGUGUUGAAGAGGGUGAAGGAGCUUCUGGCGGAGGUGGAUCCCAAAACAGCUGCCAAGCACAUCACCAAGGCUGACUGCAUGGUUGCUAGGAUACUGGGCGUUACCAAGGAGAUGCAGAGGAUGAUGGGAGUGAGCUCAGGGCUGGAACAGCUGACUCUUCCUCAUGGACAUCAGUUGAGGCUGGAUCUACUGGAGAGGUUUUACACCAUGUCUAUAAUGAUGGCAGUCGAUCUGUUGGGCUGUACGGGCAGCACGGAGGAGAGGGCAGCCCUCCUGCAUAAAACUAUCCAGCUGGCUGCUGAACUCAAGAGCAACAUGGGCAACAUGUACGGAUUCGCCGCGGUCAUGAGAGCCUUGGAGCUGCCGCAGAUCUCUCGACUGGAGCAGACGUGGAUGACACUGCGACAAAGACACACAGAAGGAGCCAUUCUCUAUGAGAAGAAACUCAAGCCAUUCCUGAAGGCCAUGAAUGAUGGCAAAGAGACGUGUGUGCUGUCGAGCACGUGUUUCCCUCAUGUGGUGCCGGUCUUGUCUCUGCUGGAGCGUAGUGUGGCAGCAGGAGAGGCUCUGGAGAGCUGGGAGAGUGUGGAGUCUGGUGUGGAUGUGGUCAUGAGUCACCUGGAGGCGGCCAGAACUAUCGCUCACCACGGAGGACUGUACCGCACCAAUGCAGAGAGUAAACUACAGGAUUUCCAGGAGCGAAAGGAGGUGCUGGAGAUCUUCUGUACAGAGUUUCAGAUGAGGCUUUUAUGGGGCAGUCGUGGCUCUGAAGGCAGUCAAACUGAGCGUUAUGAGAAAUUCGAUAAAGUCCUCACUGCUCUAUCCCACAAGCUCGAACCUCCUGUACGACACAGUGAAUUAUAGCACUACCCACAAUCCACAAAUGGUAUGACCCUUCACCUGUCUGUGGCUCCUACUCCUGGACUGAACCAUUACGCUUUUCGUGGUGGAGAAUAUGAGGGACUCACUUUGCAAAACAAGGCACAAAAGGGCACAGGCUUUAUGCGAGCAUGAUCGCGCCCCCCUAAAGGACACAGAUGUGAACUGCAGCAAUGGAAUGGAAUUAAUCAAAAGCCAAAAUCCUUUCUUCAGUGGCGACAACUUUCUUUUCAGAAGGAUGGAAUGUGAUGAAGUCCAAGUUGACUUUAACCCAAAUGGGUCAGAAUCCUGUUUUAUGUGAAUUUAUGAUUUUGUUGGAAUCAGCUUUUGUUUCUAGUGAAGAGGACGAGUCUCUGUAGCGGAGAUGAGACUGCUUUGACGUUUGAUAGUCACAACUUUUUGCUGGAAUAGACUUAAUACACACUCACUUGUCAGAUGUCUGAAUGUAAGUUGCCAAAUCAUGAAUUCAAACGGAUAUCUGCUGGGUAAAGAGUCUUAUUUUUAUGCUCAUUUUUUUGGGUUUCGCUUAUAUGUUGAUUUUCUGUUUUGUCAUGGCUUUAUUGAUAAAAAUGGAAUUGGGCUUGUGUUUUUAAUGAGUGUCUGACAGAUGCUCACAUUCACACUCUCUCCAGGUCUGACAGCAUUGCUUCCCAGAGCGCUUUGGUGUCUGUAUUUGUUAGCAAAGAAGUGUAAGAUAGAACACACGCUGUUUACUUUCCUCUAUUUCUGUUGUCCUGGGGUUUUUAUUUUUGUCUAAAGAGGUCAUAUCAUGAGGUAUUAAACAGUCCUUUGUAUUUGGAAUGAGAGAGUUCAUUCUGCAACUUUCAGUAUGUGAAGUGCAAUAGUGUAUUUAUAACAGUUAUAUUAGCAUAUGACCACCCACUGUAAACAUUAACAAUAUAUAUUGGGUGAGCAAACAAACUUUACCCCUAAACUCUAUUUGAACUAAAUAUACAAGUAAUACUGUGAUUUAGCUACAACAUAUUAAGCAAACCCUGAGCUUGUGUUUAUCUCAGAUCUGAAGAAUGUGUUGGCAUAAGUUUAUUACAGCUAAAUAGCACCAUUACCUUAUGACCAUCCACUUUACAAAUCAAAAUUGCAUAUUGUACAUGGAGCCAUACUUUACUGCUAAAGCUCCAAUCAUAGGCUACAAGUAAAACUGGAAAAUCCACCACGUAUUGAACUGUUUCUGGCUUGGCGUAGCAUCUACGGCUAUGCAGAUCCUUUCGAAGUAGGGCUGGGCCAAUAAUUAAUUCCUUAUAUCUAUAUAGUGCUUUUCUACACGCUCAAAAUGCUUUACACGUUGGGGGGUAUCUCUUCAUCCACUACCAGUGUGCAGCAUCCACCUGGAUAACGCGACAGCAGCUAUUUUGCACCAGACCGCACACCACAAAUCAGUAAAGAAGCCAAUUGUCAUUUGGGGAUGAUUAGGAGGCCAUGAUGGACAGAGGCCAGUGGGCAAAUUUGGCCAGAAUGCCGGGGUUAAACCCCUACGCUUUUUUCAAAGGACAUCCUGGGAUUUUUCAUGACCACAGAGAGUCAGGACCUCGAUUUAAUGUUUCAUCAGAAAGACGGCGCUCACUGAGCAGUAUAGAGUCCCCUUCACUAUACUGGGGUGUUAGGACCAACACAGACUGCAGGUUGAGCACCCCCUGCUGGCCUCAUUAACACCACUUCCGGCAAUAAACGAUAUUAUAUCGAAUCGCGAUAAAAUUUAUGUCAAUAACUAUGAUAAUCUCUGGACUUUUUCACUCUAUAUUUAUCCAAGAGCCAGUAACACAACAGAAAUGUGCAACAAUGGGAAUCUAAAAGUGUGUUGAUAUUAGAGAUGUACCGAAUUUUCAGCCACCGAAGGUUUAUCAUGCAAUAAUAUGUUAUUCCACUUAAUAGACCCUCUAAAUGAUGUGGCUUCAGUCAUUGUUGGGGUACUCUCUUAAAUCUGGAAGCAUUAACAACUUAUAUCAAAAUAUAUAUCGUUAUCAGUCAAUAUGGAAUAUAAUUAUCGAGAUUGCAUUUUUGUCAUAACGCCCAGUCCUACUUUGAAGGAUCUGCUUAGGGCUGUGCGAUUAAACAAAAUCGAAUCAAAAUUGCGAUUUGAAACAUUGCAAUUAGCUAAUCGCAAGAGGCUGCGAUAUGAAAUUUAUAUGUAUUAUAUAAUUUACCCCACCCAGAGCAAAUUCGUGACUGCCGUCUGAGUGUGACAGUCUUACUAGCCAAUUGAGUGAGCUUACUUUCGUUCAGCCCAAUCAGAAUUGCGCAACCAAACUAUGCAGAACGCCCACAAUAAAAAACAAACAAAGGAAAGCGUGGACAAGUGGGAUGAUGGUAUUUGCCACUUCAGAAGCAUUGGUAGACAAAUUCAUAUCAAACAAAAACAGGACAUCUGUAAUACGGCAAUAUUUUGGUUUCAAAGUUACGGACACCAAACAAAAACUAGUCAAUUGUAAGAGCUGUCGCAGAAUUGUUGCCACAGUGUGAGGUAAUACAACAACCAGCACCUAAAAAAGCACCACAUGUACCAGGUGAUAACUAAUGCCAUACCUCACUACUGUUUACUCUAGAGAAAACGUAGUGUUUAAUUUAUGAAUGUUUAAAAACCAAUUUGAAUAACUGUAGGAUUAAGUUUCUAUCUUUUCAGUUCCUUUUUUUUUUAAUAACACUCACUGCAUUUUAGCAGAAAGAAACUACGAUACAAAAUAUUGAGCUGAAGCUUGACUACAAAAUUAAAUCGCAAAUCAAAUCGAAAUCACAAUAUCUGUUAAAAAAAUAGCAAUUACAUAUUUUCCCCAAAUCGCACAGCCCUAGAUCUGAGAGUUGUAAAGAAGUUAAUUUUCAGCUUAAACUGUUUGAUGAAUCUGUCACAUGAGGCAGCGCAAACCUUAGAAGCAGAGCUGGUGUUUAUUAUCAGAGUUAAAAAGGGCACUUAAAUAAAGCCAGCAACACACAAACAGCCUGUUUCAUGAUGGAUGAGUAAAUAAAAUGGACUGAACCAAUCAUGAUAUGACCCCUUUAAUAUCUUUCACGGCAGGUUAUUUUAGUCAAUAUGGCCAUAUCAAUAAGGCUUUUUUGUUUGUUUUAGAUACAUGAUGUAUAUUGUCCAAGAGACUGAAUCACAAUGAAUGUCGGUUUGUAUUUAAAUUAUUUAAGAGACCCAUAUAGCCAAAAUUUACAGAUCAAGUUCAUGUAGAGAUCAUUCAUCACAAGUAAUCAAAGACAUUUGAUCAAAUCAAUGUUAUGGCAAUAAGUGAAAUCACAACCUAAUUUAUGAAGAAUCAUUGUGUUUAUGCUAAUGCAUUUGCUAAUAUUUAGGAUCAGGAGUUUUGCUUAAACUCCCUGUUUUGUUGCAUAACACAUCCAUUUAUUCCAACAGACAUGAAUUAUACCUCAUAUUGUGAGAUUUUGAGAAGAGGUGAACUAUUAAUUUUGUAACUGAUAGUGUUCGAUUCGUAUCUGCAUCUAAUAUGAGAGCUAAAAAAGUCUUGAAUAAGGGAAUGGAUGUGUGUGCUCAUUUGGUUUGGACCAGUUAGUAGCCACCUAGCAACCACCAAUAACUGCAUAGCAACACUAUGACCAUUUUUGUACAAGCAAUUACAAUUCAAGAAAAACAUUUUAAAAAAUCAGCUAAUAAUUGCAACACAUUCAUUAACCUUAUUAGUCCAAUACCAUUUUCAUAUUCUGGUAGAUUUAGCCAAACAAAACCCAAAGUCACAUACAUAUACCUCUGUCCGAAAUGUAAAUGUUCUACCCUUAUCUCUGGGUAGCUAUCGUAAAGAGAAAAAGUUCUACGUAUCUGGUUCUACCACAAUUGAUUGUGUAUCAUAUACAAGCUGCUAUACUUCACACCCAGUCUAUCAAUGCAUAUUACCAGGGAAAUCUUCUGAAGGUAUUUUUUCAGGUAUCUUAAUAAAGGCACAUCUGAGAGUAGAUGAUGCUGUCUGUCGCAGAUCGGGGAUGAAAAGUGGAUCAUAUGCAAUUUCACUUUUAGCCAGCAGAGGGCUCUGUUUAGUAAGCUAAAAUAAUAAACGGAAAUGAGUUUUGAACCUUUUGGGGACUUUUUUUUAUAAGGCCUGCUGGUCUGGGACUGUACGUUGUAAGUUUGGUUUCUCUACUGUAAAGGUAAACUUGUGACUAUUUUGUUUUGUAAAUAGUUACCCCCAAACGAUCGAUGAUAGGUGAGUUGGACGAGGUCACGUGAUUGCAUCCUUUUAUUAUGUGCUGUAAAUACUGGUAUGUCAUAUGUUUUGCACUCUUUUUUCAGAAAAUAAAAUACAGUGAGCUUG